CACUGACUUUGGUAGCAGGAAUACCAAGAAAGGAAAUAUAGCGCCGCUAGCUCAACAUCACAUUGUGAGUUGGCCACAGCGCACUAUAACUCCCAAGAAAACCAAGAUUUCAACACUCUGAACUGAGUCCAAUCUUUGAGGCGCUCAUGGGCCAAUGGCAUCAGUGCUACGUCCUAGCCCGUGUCAAUCGGCAUUAUCAGUGCAUUGUCGGCCUGGAUCAUCAAUGGCUCUACGGGAAAUAUGCGCUUGAAGCUGUCGUGCGAUUUAUGAGAGCAUGUCAACAUCCCUUCAAUGUUCAUUCCAUACUUUCCGAGUUGAACCAUAUGGACUUCCACUCAGAUGCGGACCCUUAUGCAGACACUAGAACAUUAUAGUAUCACUGCUAUGGGGCUGCAUCUCAACUGCCGAAUCGACACUUCGUUUCAUCUUUACGGACAUGCCGAGGGUUUCGCGCAUAGGUGAGGCACUGGCUGCUGCUAGGCUCCAAUGUACGAAUUUUAAUAAUUAUGGCAUAACUGUAUUUGACAUCACAGACCCUGCCAACCCUCGCUACUGCUUUGUCAGUAUUAAUGGCCCUAUGGACGCCGUGACUGAUGAAUA